AGUCAUUUAUUAAAUUGAAGCCAAGAAAUCAGAAACAGAGAGGUUCAUCGUUACUAAUCUAAGGAGAACUUCAAACUGUCUUUGGUUUUAGGUCUUAUUCAACACUACCAUUAAAAGAUGACCAAUGAAACUCGAUCACCAUCUGAUGAAACCUAUAGGAACCAAAAUGAGACUCUACUUGAGGAGAACCUACCAUUUGACUUGGGAGGGAUGGAAUUUACUCUGUUGGAAAGAUUUAUACUCAUCUCGUACGUGGUUGUCCUCAUAACAUUCAGUAUUGUUCCCAAUACGUUUGUCAUUUUUGCUGUCAACAAGCAUAAGCCGUUGAAAAUCAUUCCCAAUUACUUCUUGGUGUCCUUGUCUUGUACGGACAUUCUCAUGGCUACUCUAGUUAUGCCUUUGGCUCUUCAGUACAACCUGGACGGCGUAUGGCGACAUGGAGUACUGGCUUGUAAGUUUUGGGCAUUUGGAUCUUACUUUUGCUGCGCCUCCUCCAUCUUUCAUUUAUGUGCCAUCGCCAUUGAUCGCUACCGAGCCAUCACGGACCCUUUGGAAUAUGGAAGCAAACGCACUUGGUCCCAUCUUCUAAUGACUCUGGGAUUCGUUUGGGGCUUGAGCUUCGUUGGGACUUCCCCUCCUUACUUUGGAUGGGGCAUUACUUGGCCCGAUCACUACGACGGGACCAUUCCUUGCACAGUUCCUCAAAGCACGGCCUACGCAAUUUACUCCUCUUUGAUAUGCUUCUACGUCCCCAUGACCAUCAUUGUUGGUAUUUACAUCAACAUUUUCUUAAUUGGACGGAAUCGCUCUCGACAAAAAAUCCGUCGGGCUUUUGAAUUGGUCGAAAUCAACCAACUCUCAAGUGCUAAAAGACACGACACCUCACAAGAACAACAAGAAGUUGAACCAAAUGCAAAGGAUCCCACCUCAACUUGUGAAAAUAUUAAUGAUACUUCCAAGGACGAAACAAUCAAAUCUGGAACGCCCCAAGAGACUGGAACGAUCCUUGGCGAGAAGAGAAUAACACAUCACAUUGAAGGAAGCAAAAACCGUAGGCAAAUACUUCCAAUAGAAUUGAUCAGUGGUUCCACGGUCCCAUGCUCUCGUUGCUCCGGUCUGAUCCCUAAAAGGCAAGGCAAGAUAUGCAAAUCGUGCGCUGCUCCCAAUAAUCUAAUGACUGCGGCUGAAAAUUCCCGAUUGACUAUUUUGAUUCAACGAGAACGGAGAAGUGCUCUCAUAAUGGCCAUCAUCAUCCUUACUUUCAUCACCUGUUGGUUACCAGCCUUCACUCUAUAUUUGGCAAGUGAAAUGAUCGAUGCGUACAUACUUACCAUAAUCAAAUCACAUGUUAUUUGUUUCAUCAUGGCCGUCGUUAAAUAUUUCAUACCUUUGUUGGAGUGCAUACCAUUCUGGAACCAAACACUUUUGACCCUCAUUUUAGGUGUUGGCCUUGAUGCCGCAUUAUCAGCAGUUCAUCAAUCCCAAACUGGUCACCAUGGUUUGGUGGAUGACCUACUCCAAUUCAGCCUGCAAUCCCAUUAUAUACACAAUAUUCAACAGAGAUUUCAAGGACGCUUUCAACAAAUUCAUUAGAAGAAA